GCACACGACUUCCUGUGAAUAGCGGAAGUUUUCAUCCGUUGAAUUUGAUCAAAAUAUUCAUGUUCUCAUAUUAUGUUCAUCAUCUGAAUUAUCUUCAUAAACCAUGAUUUACAGUUUACACUGAGACUGUAAUUUGAAAAAAUGCCACAUGAAAAAGCCCGCAGCAGUCCCCAGUCUGACUCCUCCGAUCGGAGGAGAGCUUUGACCAUCUCACCUGAGCUCAAACGUGACAACUGUAAGAUUGAAAGUCCACUUAAGAUCCCCAGGAGAGUUUCCUCAGCUGACGAUGAGUGUGUGGAUGCAGAGGUGUCUGAUGUUUGGAAGAAGAGCCACUCCAAGAUCCACUGGACACAGCUGGCCUCAAAUGGUAUGUCCUCUCAGUCAGAUCACAGAUUACAAACAACCAGUGAUCAAAAGCACAAAAGAUGGCAGAAAAUUGACAGGCGUCAGAUCAAGGUUGUCUUAGAGGAUGUCCUUCAGACAGAGAUCGGGCAGAGCUUGCUGAGAAGUAACAGGCAGAGUUUUCAAUUGACAUACCAACCGGAAAGUCAAAGGGGAGCUAAAGAGAAAUGGAGUGAUCAGACCUCAAAAACUGAGCUAAUAAAAAAGAGAACCAGUGUAACUCAGAGAGAAGGAACAGACUCGACUGAACUCAGAGCUAAUUCACUAUCCCAUAUGCCGAUGGAAUCAUGUACUCAAAAUGAAUCAAGUCCAUGCAAAGGAAUAAAACAUUCACAAUCCAGUCAGUUGAACUCAUCGCAAUCAGAGUCAUCUGAAGUAACAAGUGACUCUUGUACACCCAGAGAAAGUGACUCCCCACAGUCUGUUCAGAUUAUUGAGCAGUUGCCUGAAUUGACCAAGUUAUCUACUGUUGAAGAGAAUGAAGCACUACUUCAUGAAGGAUCUCCACAGCAUGAGGAAGCAGUUUCAUCCAGAUGUGAGUCUGGAUACAGCCCCUCAUCACCAUUAGUAGCACAAGAGACAAAACCAAGUAGUGAGCAUCUAGCCAAUAAGAGAGAAAGUAUAGAAACACAAGAGUGCCAGGAGUACGCAAAAGAAGAUGAGAAGGUAAAGCACAUCCGCAGGAAUGGAGAGGUAAUACAGGAGGCGGAGGGGUUGAGAGGAAGUGUGCUACGCCUCUCAGUUGGUGCUGAUGGGGAAGUCCCACUCAAAAGAUCUCGUUUGGACAGCCUCUCAGAUGAACAGGUUCCCGACUCAGAGCCUGCCCCAGGAUGUGUAGAGGGGCGGAGCUUCAUCCAACAAUCCUCUAAGCCCAACCCACCUGAACCCAUUGUUCUCUCAAGUGAAGAGGAAGAGGGAGAGGAAAGAGAAGAGGGUGAAGACUCUGUCCUAAACAUCCAGGCACCAGAGGGCGCUAAAGACACACACAGAGUGGAGAUACCAACAAGAGUUUGUGAGCAGAAAAAAAUACCUGUGCUCUACCCACACAUCACAGAGAUCUAUUCACAGAGUUCUUCUAUGAUGGAGCUACAACUGUCUUCCCUUCACAUGGGUGGAGUUAGUGCUGCAUUCAGUGGAAAUAUAAAGAUAACAACUGACAAGAUCAACAUUUCAUUGACAGAUUCUUCAGUGAAAAUUUAUUUAGCGAUAGCUAACAUUCGUAAAUACAGUGUGUGGGAGGGGACUGCAUUGAAGAGGUGUGGAUUGGUUAAGGAUGACGAGAUCCCGCCCCCUUCUCUGCUCCUACUUUGGCUGUCUGAUGCUCAGGCCCACAGACUUCACAACGACCUGUCUGUCAUUCAGUCCGGCACACGUCCAGCUGAAGGCAGUUCUUGUGUAUUGCUGUGCUUGGCUGAACCUGUUGCUGGUGUUGAAAGGGCUGUCUUGGUCUCAUUAAUGGACAUGAUGGGUCUAAAGCAGGGCAACCCAGACCUCUUGACCCCUCUCACACAGUCAGACAGUCUGAAACUGCUGCAGACCUCCCAGGAAACACACCUGUUGCAGCUGCUCAUGCCCAGAUCUGAUGCGCAGAACAACACUGCUGCAUCUGCGUCUGCUGUGAAGUCUCAGGAUUCUGAUGUUCAACUGAAGUCGGUCUACACGCUGUGCCACAGAAGAGCUCAGGGUUCAUACAGUAUUUUCAUGGCACCCACACCUGGGCCAGAAUGGACAGAGUACUAUCACUGUGGUCCCACACGCAGACUGAUUCAGUUCCCGCCUCCACCCUCGAAAGGAGCUAUCACCGUGACAACGGAGGACCUGGAGUGUUUAGACAGCGGCGAGUUCCUUAAUGAUGUCAUCAUUGACUUUUACUUUAAGUAUCUUUUGUUGCAGAAGGCCCCACAGGCAUCAGUAGACAGAUCACAUGUUUUCAGCAGUUUUUUCUAUAAACAACUCACACGCCGGGACAAUGCUAACGAGGACAGCACAAGUACACCAGCUCAGGUCAGAAGGCAUCAGCGAGUAAAGACAUGGACCCGUCAUGUAGACAUAUUUGACAAAGACUUCCUGUUUGUGCCUGUCAAUCAAGAAGCUCACUGGUAUCUCGUGGUGAUCUGUUUCCCCGGGUUGGAAGAGCCCCAGUAUGUGAAGAGGGAAGACAUGGGAUCAGUGCAGGGUGAUGGGUUGGAAGGUUUGGGUGAGUCCCAGUCUGAGGGUGAAAUCCAGGGAGACAACAAAUCCAACAGUGAUGAGGACAAAGAUCCAGAUGACAGCUGUAUAAAGCCAAGUACAUCUCCUAAUCCUCCGAACUGUACAGAAAAUACCUGCAAGAGACACACUGUCUGUAAAAGACCUUGUAUUCUCAUCAUGGACUCACUGAAGUUGUCGGUUCAUGAGCGUAUCUUCAAACUUUUGCGCGAAUACCUGCAGAUGGAGUGGGAGGUGAAGAGAGGUGGUUAUCGUGACUUUAGUGUCGACCACAUGGUUGGUUCACACUGUAAAGUCCCCCUACAGGACAACAGCAGUGACUGUGGCCUUUAUCUACUGCAAUAUGCAGAAACCUUUUUACAGGAUCCCGUGGUACACUUUGACUUGCCUUUGAGAUUGGAGCGCUGGUUUCCACGACAACAGGUUCGAGGGAAACGGGAGGAGAUCCGAGAUCUCAUACUUCACCUGUACCGAUUUCAACAAGGCUCUUUUGGAAAUGAAGCUCUAGAAGAUAGAACCGAUGAUGGAAAUAUGAUUCAGUAGUUUCGCUUUUAGGUGCACAAGAUUGUUUUAUGCUAGAUGUAUUUAUAUUAUAAGUGUUUUUGAACCUUUUAUAUAAUUUUAUGCUUUUGUAUACAUUGUUGGAAAUACACUUUAGAAAUAAAUAAAUGUCAAGAUAAAAUUAAGCUUAAUUGUGUUUUAAAUUGUCCUUUUUUUAUGAAUAGUUCUCCCAAAAAUGAAAAUUCUUUCAUUAUUUACUCACCCUCGUGCCAUCUCAAACUCGUAUGACUUUCUUUCUUCUGCAGAAGGCAAACAUUUUAUUUUGAAGAAUGUAUAACGUGUUUUUGCCCAUUCAAUUUAAGGCAAUGGGGGCAAAGAUUAAUGUAAUCACUGUACAUCAGUGAGACUUUUCAUUUUCAAGUCAUACGAGUUUGAGACGGCAUGAGGGUAAGUGAUGAGAACAUUUUCAUUUCUGGGUGAAAUAUCCCUUUAAUUUCAACUUUAUUUGUAUGUAUGUGUAUGUUUAAAUGUUUGUGUCUUUAUUCAGGUAAGCAGCCCAGACUUUCUUUAAAUGGGUCAUGUCGAUAAGAAAUCAAAUUCAUUGUACUAUGAAAACAUACUGUAACUGUCAGAUCUCAAAACCAAAAAUUGUCCAUUUGUUUAAACUAAGCUGCAAAACGUAUCAGUCUGAGCUUCUGCGACUGACUGAUGUCAGACAGAUUGAACACAUGACUGCUCACAUUUACACAUCAAUGAUGCACAAUAGUCUGUACUCAGGAGCUAGACCCACCCAGAAUUGGCAAAUAUACUUUUCCCAACACCAGAAGAACUAUCAAUAAGAGUAAAAUUCGGGAAAGUCUGGCAAACCUUGUGACAUUCCUGUCUGUGUGUAGCACCUGCUUCUCUGCAUAUUCUAAAGAAUUCCAGUGUUAAAACAAGGUCCCUGAUAAUUUAUGCCUAAUCUUAACAAUUGUGGCAUAUUUCAGCACAAAUUGUUUGUGAACUGUCACAUGCAGACUUUACAAAGAGGCGGUUACUGAAAGAUGGUCUUAAAAAUGUUUUAAAGGACCCAACAGCAAACCUCCAGCUGGUCUGGGAGCCUUUAAACACAGGGUCAAGAAUAUAUUCAGGAUUUAAUGAGAUUCCCUAUAGUGAGCUGUCACACACUGUAUGUGUCAUGCAGUUGUUUAUUUCAUUAUGUGUUUGUACUCUAUUUAAAGUGGCUUUAGUUGGAAUAAAUG